UCGAGACCGACUCGCGGACAAAACUAGAGCAGGCUGCAAACCGGAGGCUCGGGACGUGCCAACCCCGCCGCUGUCUUCUCACUUCCUGGUCCUCCUCCUCCUCCUCCUCGUCCUCCCGCUGCUGCUGCUGCAGCCUGUUGGCAGGGGAUGUCUCGUCACACGCGUAGCGGCGAUGCGGAAGCGCGGCGGCCGCUUCUUGUCACCGGAGGUCACCUGGAGCCGAGCGAGGUGGACUCAGACGGAGAAGGUGAAAUCAUUUUUGACAGGAGCACGUCAGACAUGGCGCGGGACGCCGGGGGGAGUGCACAGAGAAGAUUAACAUACGAGGAAGCAAUGGAGGAAGCAGGUUUUGGUUUGUUUCACUGGCUGCUGUUGGUGGUUUGUGGUUGGGCCAACGCCAGUGAUGCUGUGGAGGUCCUUUGUGUGUCUUUUCUCCUGCCAACGGCUCGCUGUGAUCUGCUGCUGACCUCUUCAGACAUGGGCCUGCUCACUGCCAGCAUUUUCCUAGGAAUGAUGGUGGGUGGCUACGUGUGGGGAUACCUGGCCGACCAGCGGGGGCGUUGCAGGAUCCUGGUUGUAUCCCUGACAGUGAAUGGGGUGUUCGGAGGUCUGGCCAGCGCGGCUCCAUGGUUCUGGCUCCUCCUGCUGCUGCGCUUCAUCAGUGGCAUCGGGGUCGGCGGGUCAAUCCCUGUCAUCUUCUCGUACUUCUCAGAGUUCAUGCCCCGGCUGCGCAGAGGUACGAUGAUCAGCGCUCUGGCCACCUUCUGGAUGGCAGGAAACAUCCUGGCUGCAGGUCUGGCCUGGCUGGUGAUUCCCAGAACCUGGGCACAUUUUUCUCUUGGCAGUCUAGACUUCCAGAGCUGGAGACUGUUUGUGGUGCUCUGCUCCAUUCCCAGCCUCACCUCAGCCCUCCUCUUCAGACUGCUCAUGCCCGAAAGCCCCAAGUUCCUCAUGGAGGCUGGUCGGGAGAAGGAAGCCAUCCAUGUUUUCAGAUUGAUGUUUGAGUUGAACAUGAGGGGGAAAGGAAAAUCGUUCCCGGAAUUUGGUUUGCACACAAGCUCCAAGGGAAGAGGAGAACUGGAGGAGACCAAAACUUUGGGUUCGUGUCGAGAGCGACUUGCCAAUAUUUUAAAAAAGGGCCUGGUGCCCAUUAAACAAAUGUUUAAUGGUUCCCUCAAAGCCAGGAGCAUCCCUCUGCUCAUCAUCUUCUACUGCAUCUCCUUCAGUUACUACGGGCUGUGGAUGUGGUUCCCGGAGCUGUUUGAGAGAGUCGAGGACGGCGGUUCGCCCUGUGCCAACGUGUCCCUCCUGUCUCCUCUUCACAAUCAAAGUUGCUACCCGGUCAAGACAGCAGUGUAUAUGGAGGGCUUCAUCAUCGCUGUAUCAAACCUGCCUGGCAACAUCUUCACCAUCCUGAUGAUGGAAAGCACCGGAGGAAAGUCACUACUGUGCUGCAGCCUGGUGGUGUCUAGCCUCAGUGUCUUCCUCAUCUAUAUGGUCCAAACCAAAACCCAGAGUCUGAUCCUCUCCUGCAUCUUCAGCUGCGUGUCCGUGAUCGCCUGGAACGCCCUGGACGUGGUGGGAACAGAGCUCUACCCGACACAUCUACGGUCCUCUGCUCUCGGGUUCUUCGCCGGCAUAGGCCGAGUGGCAGCGAUCAUGGGUAACGUAGUCUUUGGAAAGUUGGUGGACACGAACUGUGCCGUGCCGGUGCUGCUGGUCUCUGCUCUGCUGCUGACCGGAGGACUGGUGGCUCUGAAGCUCCCACAAAGCAGGCAGACGGAGCUCACCUGAUCGCUGACAUUUCAUAUGGAGGAAUUAUUAUCCGCUUUUGUCCAUAAUGAAGGAGAGAUGAUCUGUCCGCUGUGCCUUCCGUCACUUCGCUGUGCCUUUUAUGGUGCCUCAUAUAGAAUGCAAUCAAAAAGCAGUAGCAGGCUCUCUUCACCUCUCUGGAAAGUGAGUAAGAAGAAAGAGAAAGGCGGCUGCACUACAAUUUCCACGGUGGACACGUGAGACUGAAAAUCCUGAAAAAUAUCUUCUAAAAGUCGCUUUGGACAAAAGCGUCAGCCAAAUGAAUGUAACAAUAAAAAUAAAAAAAAUGUACCUGAA